UGCAAGCAGAAGUGGGUCAAGGUGUCUGACAGCCCCUCAGGGCCCUCUAAGCACACGCUAUUUUUACCUUAUUUCUAUUAGAAUUGACAGCCGUGGUUCUAUUUCGAGCAGCUGCAUUGAGCCCGGCCCGAGUCAGUGCAGGGAGGAGCGGCUGGUUGUGCUGCUUUUAUUUCUGGCCACCUGGAUGUUUUCAAGCACAGAUAAAUGAAGUGUUUAGGAAUAAAAUCCAUCUGGGACAGGUCUCAGGUGCUGUAAGAUGCACCUUGUUGGCAAAUCUUAUUUCUGGUCAUGUUUUAUCACAGCGUGAGAUCAGGAUCUCGGGGUUGUAUUAAAACAGCACCAGGUCCGGAGCUGUAUCACAGCGCUCUGCCAUGAUAACAGACAUGAAUUAUCGGUACCGGCUGCGGACGGACCCGAUGCGCCGAGCGCCCCCUGCUGGCGGGAGGCCGCAUUACAGCCAUGACGCGGAGCGGCCCCGGGGGCGGCCGGGGUUUAAGCCGAGCCGGGCGGCAGCGACAGCGGCAGAACCGAGCGGGGCUGCGGGACCGAGCGGGGUCUGAGCGGGGUCCGGCCGUGUUGGAGUGUGAACCUGUGUGUGCUCAGCCCCGGACAGCAGCCAGGAGCAUGGCUGCCAUCACUGAGCGAACCUUCAUCGCCAUCAAACCCGACGGCGUCCAGCGGCGGCUGGUGGGGGAGAUCAUCAGGCGCUUCGAGCGGAAGGGCUUCAAGCUGGUGGCCAUGAAGCUCACACACGCCUCUGAGGACCUUCUACGGGAGCACUACAUCGACCUCAAGGAGCGCCCGUUCUACGCCGGCCUGGUGCAGUACAUGCACUCGGGGCCUGUUGUAGCUAUGGUGUGGGAGGGUCUUAAUGUGAUUAAGACUGGAAGAGUGAUGCUGGGGGAAACUAAUCCCAUGGACUCCAAACCCGGCACUAUUCGUGGUGACCUCUGUGUGCAGGUUGGCAGGAACAUCAUCCAUGGCAGCGAUUCCUUAGAAAGCGCCGAGGCUGAGAUCAACCUGUGGUUCACUCCUGAAGAACUGGUUGACUACAGGAGCUGCGCUCACGAAUGGAUCUACGAGUAGAACUGAGGCUCUGCCUUCGGUAUCGUGUCCUGCAGUGAGCUCCGCUCCAUAGCAUCACCUCCUGCAAAGCCGCUUCAGCACCGCUGUGAAUAGCGAUCGGUGCUUCCUGUCGCUUUGCUUAGAAAGCUGCAAAGCUGGAGAUAGGAAAUGUGCGUUUAGGGCCGUGUCAGGCGUUCGUGUGGUGGUAGAGGUGAAAUUAAAUGGCAGAGAAGCAAAAUGUCCCUCGUUAAUAACA